GUCUUUUAUUGUGAAAGGCCUGACCGGAAGCGGCCGUGUGAUCCGGGGUGUCUCUCCGGUGGACCGACUCACUCUGAACCGAUCCGGUCGGCAGCUUUGACUUUGCUGCAGCUAAACUCUGUAAACAAUCAUCUCGUGUUGUUGUUUACCGGAUUGUUUACCGUCAACAUGUCGCACACCGUCAUCACAACAACAACAACCAGCAGGACGUCCGGAGAGAGCGUCCUGAACACCGGCUACACCCGGACCAUCCCGGGGCUGCUCAAGAUAGGACAGCUGCUGGCGCUCCUGGUGGCGUUCCUGUGCGUGCGCUGUGCGCGCGGCUGGCCCAGCUGGGCGGCCUUCCAGUACUUUGAGGUGGUGACGCUGUGGUUCCUCAUCGCCUUCCUCAUCUUCUUCCUCAUGCACCUGUUCAGGCUGCAGGCCAAGAUGCCCUGCAUCAACUGGCCUCUGACGGAGUUCUUUCAUUACGCUGUCGGGGCCGUCCUCAUCUUCAUCGCCUCCAUCGUCGCCGCGGUGAACAGCGGAGGAGUUUCAGCGCUGGUGGCGGGAUCGGUGUUCGGCUUCAUCACGACGUUCCUGAUGGUCGUCAGUCUGUGGACGUCCUACAGCGUGACCUGCGGCUCUCAUCAGACCGGUGCAGCGGUGUAAUAAUCGCCGUGUUGAGCGAAUCAGGCGUCUGUUGGCGGCUCGCUGUGUCCUGUCACUUUUUCUGCCUAGCGACCGCCUGGAUAAUCAACCUGAUUGGAUAAUAGAUUUGAACAUCUGAUGGGGGACCAGCCGACAGGACAGCAUCACAGUAUUUAUUUCUCUUCAUGUUAACGGUGCUCAGUCACAUUGUAACCAUCGACACAAACUCUCCUCCGCCUGGGGGACUACAUUUCCCAUCAUGCCUCCUGCUCCCCGCCCAGACUUUCCCUCCUCUCAGAGCUUAAUUCUUUCCCUCCUUCAUCCUCCUACUAUCAGAGAUGUAGAGACGCUUCUUAGAACAGUUUUAGCGGCGUUAGCUCUGACCAACAGCGCCCUCUUCCUGCCGUGUGCCAUAGCGCAGAUUUCCCGCCAAAAUCCCACGAGUGUGCCGCCAAAAUCCCACCAGUCGCCUUUUUGUUGCACUGCUGCUGUUUACAGUUUGAUUCCAAUAUUUCAUUCAUUCCAGCUUGUUUUAAAUGUUUUUAUUCUACUUUAUAACUUCCGCAUUCAA